UCGUAGUAGUUACGAAAAGUAUGCAUCUUGUAUGCUUGCCGGUGAAGAUGUGAUAGAAUUCCACGAGUAAACGAUUGUUUGAACGAAUGUUGCGAUCAAAGAAAUAACUUACAAUGAACCUAACCACUGGUAAUCCUCACGGGAAUGGUUUGCUCUAUGCUGGUUUCAAUCAGGAUCAAGGAUGUUUUGUUUGUGGUAUGGAAAAUGGUUUCAGAGUUUAUAGUUGUGACCCUUUAAAGGAAAAGGCACGUCAUUUCAGUGAUGGAGGCCUGGGUUAUGUGGAAAUGCUAUUUAGGUGUAAUUAUUUAGCAUUAGUUGGUAGUGGAACUAAACCUAUGUACCCAACUAAUAAAGUUAUGAUAUGGGAUGACAUUAAAAAAUCACCAGCAAUUACUUUAGAAUUCAAUGCACCUGUGAAAGGUGUUAAACUGAGAAGAGAUAGGAUAGUAGUAAUUUUAGAAGGUGUUAUAAAAGUUUACACAUUCACGCAAAAUCCUCAGCAACUUCAUGUCUUUGAAACUAAUCCAAAUCCCAGAGGACUGUGUGUAUUAUGUCCAAAUAGUAGUAAUUCCUUGCUUGCUUUCCCUGGUAGAAAAAAUGGACACGUACAAGUGAUAGAUUUGGCCAAUACAGAAAAACAGCCCUUAAAUAUUGAAGCACACGAAACACCUUUAUCUUGUAUAGCUUUAAGCUUACAAGGUACCAGAUUAGCCACUGCUUCUGAGAAAGGUACAUUGAUAAGAGUAUUUGAAACACAAACUGGGAAUAUGAUUAAUGAACUGAGAAGAGGUGCUCAUCAUGCAAACAUUUACUGCAUAAAUUUUAAUCAUGAUUCUACUUGGCUAUGCGUAGCAAGCGAUCACGGAACUGUACAUGUUUUUGCUGUAAAAGAUCAGAAAUUGAAUCGCCAAUCUAGUUUUGCAUCCGCCACCUUCCUGCCAAAAUAUUUCAGUUCAAGCUGGAGUUUUUGCAAAUUCGAAGUCCCAGGAGGUUCACAAUGUAUGUGCGCGUUUGGGACUGACAGUAAUAGUAUUAUAGUAAUAUGUGCAGAUGGUAGUUAUCACAAGUUUGUAUUCAAUAACAAAGGUGAAUGCACGAGAGAUUUUUAUGCACAGUUCCUUGAAUUAACUGAUGAUAAAAUGUGAUUGAAAGAUGAGGAGGAGGUAACCUCCUAAAUACAAAGAAUUGAGACACACACACACACACACACACACAUUUUGCAAUUUUUUUUUUUUUUGUUUAUUUAUUGGUUAUUAACCAAACGAAUGAGAGUGCACUUUUCAUACAAUGGUUUUAGUGUUCAUUGGAUAUGGUAAAUAGUUUACAUGAAAAGUGACUGUUGUGUUUGUUAUUUAAAGUCGUGCUCUAUAUGAUAGAGGACCAAACGAAACGUACUAUUUUUGUUGUUGGUGAUAUGUGCACUGUGUGUGAAUUAUAAAUGAUACAUUGUAAAAAAGAACUUUAAAGAACACUAGAACAUGUUGUUAUUCACUUGUUAUAUGGGCCUAUUGCUGGAAUGCCUAUUUAUAGAGCCGCAAGUUUUUAAAUGUUGCAAAUGAAAAUGGAACACUAAGAAUAAAGUUACAUUUAAUGCGUUUGUGUAAAAUAUAUCUUUCUUACAUUUAAAUUACAAAAUUUAUAGUUAAAAUCGAUACAAAUAGUUUGAGGGAGAUACCAUGUGAAAAUAAUUAAGUGAUCUUUUUGUAAUAAGUGUGCUUCGCAAUUCAAUCAUGUAUCUUUUUUUCUUUUUUCUUUUUAUAUUUAUUUUAUAGAAUUAUAAACCUUUCGUUUACGAUUAUAGAAAAAUAUA